AUGUCUCUCUACAAAAUCCUCGUCGGUGGCUACCGCUCCGUGUACGAGAUCUUCUCUUUCGAGCCGUCCACUUCCAAGGUCAAGCUCGCGGGAUCCUCCCCGGCCCUCAUCAAACCCACCUGGAUAGAGCUUCCCGGUCCUCCGAUUAACAAGGGCAACAGCGAGGAGAGGUACCUGUAUACUGUAUCCGAUGUGGACGGAGGUUCUGCUGUCAGCUUGAAACUCAAUGGCGAUGAUAUCGAGAUCACGGGUCAGAGACAGUGCUAUGGCGGGGCCGUCCACAUACAUGUCAUGAAGGAUGGUUCCGGUAUCAUCUUGAGCAACUUUUCAGGUGGCUCUGCCAUCUUCUUCCCCAUCGACUCCAACGGCGCCUUGUCAAAGACUUCCGAGUCGCCUCUUCUCAAGUUACCCUUCGUGUACGAAGGCCAGACAGCGCCCAACUCCAAGCGACAGGAGGCGUGUCAUGCGCACAAUGUGGUGGAAGGUCUGGAUGGGAAGCUCUAUCUCUCUGAUCUUGGUACGGACAGGAUCUGGAUCAUCAAGAGAGAGGGUGAGAGCGGACUUUCCAUCGAUGGGUGGUUGCAGGCGCCUCCCGGCUCCGGUCCGAGACACUCUUUAAUCUCUGAGGAUGGAAAGUUCCUCUACAACCUCACCGAGGUAUCCAACGACAUCCUCAUCUUCCCCCUCGACUCCACUGCCGAACACCCCGAACCUCUUCCCAGCAAAGUUAGCGUCAUCCCCCCCUCCGUUCCCUCGGACCCUGCCGCUCAAGCCCACAUGAACGCGGCUCAACUCUUCUUCAACCCCGCCCACCCCGGCCUCUUGUACGCGUCCAAUCGCCUUGAGCUCACUCUCCCUUCCGAGUUUGCUACGGGCGAGCAGGGUGAUGCUGUGGCUAUCGUCAAGCUCAACGCCGCCGGAGAUGAGCUCGGAGAGGUGAAAUGGGUCAGGACGGGAUGUAACAAUCUCAGAGGGAUGAGGGUGAGCCCCGACGGUAAAUACGUUGUUGUAGCGGGCAGGGUCGGUGGUGGGUUGGAGAUUUGGAGUACGGGACAAGAUGGGACCGAUUGGAAGCUGGCGGGGAAGGAUGAGACCAUUGACUUGGUGACGGAUAUGACCUGGCUUUGA